GUGUUGUCUUGGUUAAUCUCUUUACUGCAGCAGGCGGGGGCAAGGAGGAGGAAGAGGGGAGGUGAUGAGACAAAGGCCGGCUGCUCAAAACACAGAGAUUAGAUUUGACUGAAAUGCUGCUUAAAUGUUAGCGUACUAAUUUGGUGACAUUGGAGAUGCUGCCAUGAAUUAGAAAUACAGUAUUUACUGGUUUGGAACUACACAUUGAGAUGUCAUAAUGGGCCAGCUGCUCUCAACAGAAGAAGAGCUUUCUCAAGUGAAGAAUGCAAUUGGUUCUCUCCUCUACGAUACCAUGUUGGAAGGCGGUGCGAUACCUGACCUCAGAGUCGUCCACCCUGUCCUCUUAGCCAAUCACGACGAGAGCUUUGACUCCUCGGCCUGCCUCCAGGAACAACUGCAACAGGUUAAUAAGCUGCAGGGCGACAUCGCCAACAGAGCGCCCACCUACCUGAGGGAUUUGAUUGGCCGAUUGUCAGCCUUCUCAGAUGAGCCCCGCCUGGCAGGACUGGUGGGAUUAGUGGUUACUAUGGUGAUGGAUAUGGUGUACACAUCAUCAAAACAACCAUCAGGUGUGAAAGGAAAGUCAGCAGGGUCAUCAUCGUGCCAGCAGAGAGUCUGGGAGCUGCAGGAGGUGAUGGAGGAGUACCUGAAGCGCUGCAGGAUCAACCUGAGUGACAAAAGCAAGCUGAUCCAGGACGCCAUCAGACUGGAGGCCCAGCUCAGCCUCACCCUCACCCAGCUGAAGACCUGCCUGCUCGGGGGAGACUGUGACUCCAGGUCUUUCAGGCACUGGGCCAGCGGAGCAGCAUUUAACACCAAGAUGUUGGUUCACCUGGCUGGUCUUGAGGGUAAGCCUGAGCCCGUGGCGGCAAGGGCAGCACUGGAACAAUACAAGGAAGACCUCACACAGAUCAUACCUGCUUACAGGCGUUACAAGUCUUGUACAGUGUGUGUUGUGAAAUGUCGAGGGGAUCUUCUGGCAUCAUGUGACCCCUCCAGCGAGAUGCCUGAGGAGGGAACCAUGACGGGACUCACUGUGACAGACAGAGAGACAGGAAAGAGUGUGACCAUCCCUCUGUCCACCAUGGAGACGGAGACAGGGAGGAGAAGGAAAGUCCCUGGCCCUGGUACCACUUCUGCAACUGUGUCCUCCAUUAACCUGGACCUGAUCACCUCAGAUCAGUACGCCCAGGCAUACCUGGACCAUUUGUUUUCUGAUAAGGGACCGGUGGCAGAGCUGGAGAACUACUUUAUCAAGGCUAGUGAGAAACUGAGAACUCUAAGAACUCAACCAGGAUGUAAAGACAAGACUGGACUGGAGACAGAAGACAGGACAGAACAAAGAGCAGACAUGGGAAAAGAUGAUAAACAGGGCAAAACAGAAAGGAGAGGGAGGCUAGAAGAGGCUGAGGAACGCGAGCAGAGAGGUGAAACUUUGAAACUGAGUAUUGUGGAGACACAGCCGGUUGAGAGGGUUGAUCAGAAUCUUCACAGCACAACAAGUGCAUGAAAGCCUUAACUGGACGGCAGCAACCACAAGAUGUCAGCUGUUUAUCAAAGAGUCAUGUGAAACCUCAGAAACAUGAAAGCAUUUUGCAAUGCUGUUUGUAAUUUAUUAAGAUAAUUUAAAACUGAUUGCUGGAUCAAAGCUGAACGACAGAUUUGUCUGCAAGAGAACUGAUACUUAUUUUCAAUAAAGAUUAAACUGCCCAUUAUUUGA